AUGGAGGAUAAAAGACAGCACGCUAUUAAUGAACAGUUUCCUCAGGAGGCAGUUGACACUAAUAAAAAAAUUAAUACCAUUUUUCUCUUACCACCGCCAACAUUGCCACAAGGUGCAAAUUUUGCGCAUCAAAUACCAACAUUGCCAUCUUCUUUGAUUUCGUGUGCUUUACCACCUCUCCAUUUAACUUCUGUAGCGUCUAACGCAGAUCAUACCCUACCACCAAUUGCCUUCUACGAUAAUAUACGAGAAAAUGUGUUACCGCCGAAUACUUAUUAUUCUGCAUAUCAUAAUGAGAUUUGUAAUAACUUUUCAUCAGCUUCGCCUUCUCAAACUUCCGAUUUCAAAGUAUCAAGCACAUCAAAGACGAUAGCAAGCACUUCAUUUACGACGGAUGAAGAGCGUCAUCAACGUCGUUUGGAAUUAAAUCGAUUGGCUGCGAAACAAUCUAGAGAGCGUAAGAAAAUUUAUGUUUCAACUCUCGAAUCUCGUGCUUAUAGAUUGGAAGAAGAGAAUGCGAUGUUAAAGUCAUCGAUUAGGCAUGCCGGUGAAAGAUUAAUGAGCAUGAACUUGGGAAUCGCAGAUAAUCAUAGGUUGCAUUUGUUGAUUGUUGAUUUGAAAAGAAAAUUGCAUUAA